AUGGUGAAAAUGAGGACAUGGCUUAAAGGCCUCGUCAAGGGUACUUCGGAAGAGGUGAAGUCCGGGACCGCCCAACGAGCAUCUUCAGCCGCAGGUCGAGAGAGGCGAGAACCGCGGGAGACGCGGGAUGAAGCUAUGAUGGCAUGCACCACAUUGCUCAAUUUUUCGUGUGGCAGUCAGGCUUCUCCGCUCUUCCGCCCUCUGGGCGGCUCUUGCUCCAUCAUCUACGAGGCGCUCGAGCGGCGUCCGCGGAGCAUCUCCGGCGGAGCAUCUCCGGCGGCGGCGCUGAGUGCGGCCGCGGAGUUCCUGCAGGGAGCCAAGUCGCCGGAUUUGCGAUUGCAAUUCGCGCUCCUCGUGCACACGGACGAGGCGGCUAUGUCCCGCUUCGUCGGCGACGUCGAGGGCGCCAUCGUGACGCUCUGCAAGGAGCUGCAAUCAAAGGAACCGCUUCUCACGGAGGAGGGCUUGCUGGCACAGUGGCGCAGUGAUAUCGAGGCCUUUCGGCGCCGCUGCAGCGAAAUCUGGGAACUUUACGUCUACUUCGUUUUCUUGGACGUCAAGGGCGACAGAGCAUUGCUGCGAAUGGUUUCCAGGAGGGGCCUCGCCCGGUUCGCCGUCGGUAUGGACCCGGUGGCCCGGCAACUGAUGGAUGUCCUGGAGGUGUCGCCCAGCAGCCUCGCGGCGAACCUCUCCCUCACAGGUGCCUGGGCUCAACCUGCUCAGCAAAUGUUGGCGCAGGGCUUGGGAGAAGCGUUGCUGCAGCGUCGCCAUCGGCAGGCUCUGGAGGAGUGGCACAGUGCUGUGCAAACUGCCACGGCGAAGGCGUGCGAGACAGCAGCGCAAGGAGUCAAAGGCAGCGUGAACAUGGAGGCCAUCAAGUCGGAGCUGCACAGGCAGCAAGCAGUGCAAUUCUGGACACACUAUUUCCAAACCAGUGCCAAGGUGGGCUGGUGGGACUUUGCGGACGCCUUCCAGGAGUGUUUCUGUGGCAACAGUUGUCCAGCCGAUCUGUUGCAACAUCUUCGCAAGCACCUGGCGAAGCCAUGCAAAAGUCGCGUGGCACUGCAUUCCUGGGAAUCCUUCAUUCAGAAGUAUGGCACCAGUGCCCCAGAGAUCAUCAAGGCCUUGGUGAAAGAGGUGAUGGAUGAUUUGCCUGCCACGAUCUACAAGCAAAGCUCCUUGGGCAGUGCUCAAGAGGAGGCAGAGGUGUUGCAGUUGUUCACGGUGAAGCGGCACCUGAAAACGGAGAAGGUGGCGUGGGAGGCGAGACCGCCGGCGGUCUCGGUCUCGGACGCGACGGCGAGACCGUCGUUGCGGCAGGCCGCUACCUCGUUGGGGGAGGACGACUUGUUGCAAAAGGUGUCUCCAAGUGGGAACACGGCACCGCCAGGAGUUCAGAUGGUGCCGCACUCAAGGUCCGCGCAGCGGAGCAACAGCCGCCGUGAGAUGGACAGCGCCACGCCCCAGGAUCCGCGGAUGCAAAUGGCCGCCGCGGAGCCGGGCGACGUGAUGAGCUGGGAAGAGUUCGAGAACCAACUGCAGGCCUCUUCCAGGCCCUGGUGGUUGGGACCCCAUUCCGAGCUGCCCGGGCACAGGAGCCGCUUUUCGUCCAAGCACUUCAGCGUGUGCAGAGCGGCCUCACGGCCACCCGCAAGGCGGUGGUCUUGCGGGUGUCCAGUGGCACCCUAG